AUGGAAGUCAAAGCUAAGCGGCGGCGAAUAGCCGGUGCCAAGUAUAGCAAGAAUGCAUGUGGAACCUGUCGUAUUCGGAGGGUAAAAUGUGAUGAGGCAAGACCUGAUUGCAAGAAUUGUGUUUCUACUGGACGUACCUGCGAUGGCUAUGUAUCGAGCACAACCGCCAACAGCAACAAGACUUUGCCCCGAAAGCUGCUUCCGGCAGCCACGACUCUGCUGCCCAUCACCAUUGCACGAUCACCAUCAAACUUGGCUUUCAGUACGACCUCGGAGGAUCAAAUGUCUUUUCAGUACUUUAAUCAUCAUAUCGUCUCAGGUCUGAAGUUGAUCUUCUCUAAUUAUGCAUGGAUUACUCUAUCAUUGCAGCUCGCCAGCACUGAACCUUGCAUCUACUUCGCCAUUGCAGCCUGCGGCAGUGUCGGUAGCGCUCGUCUCGCCAGAAAGCAUCAUUGCUACUUCACGCCACCAUCGCCAGUCCAAGAAAAGCGAAAUCUGAAGCAGUAUUGUAAAGCAGCUGCAGCUCUGCAGAAGUACAUUGAUUUUGCUGCUUGUGGAAAGAGGCCCAUUGAACCCGUUUUGCUCUGCUGCUUGUUAUUUGUGGCGUAUGAAACUUAUCAAGAUGAAAAUGCGCUUGCUGUUCAGCAUUUGAGGUUCGGAAGGAGAGCUAUUGGGGAAGUCGCUGCAGGAAGUUCAAGAUUCUCGUCAAAGGGGACGGAGAAAGACGUUCUUGCUGCAUUUGACUGGCUAGGAGCGCAGGACUUGGACUUUGAGAAAGAUGAAUCACAAAGGAAAGAACCAUCAGCAAAACUCACACAUCCCUUUACAGGCCCAUCAAUUUCGGAUCUGGAAUAUACAAAGCAAGCACUUGACUAUCUUUCCACGGCCUCCUCGAACUGGAGAUCCGAAUUGCUUACGUUGGCAGCGGAACACGUCGCAACUCUGAAUAUCUCGACUCAACGACCAGCGAUUCUGGAGUGUGUUAUACAUUGCGUCAGUCAUUCUUUGUCUUUGCCACCCGGACACUCCCUGGUCCAGCGACAUUCUCAGCUCUUGCAUGCUCACCAAAUAUGGUCACUGCAGCUUGCAGCAUUGCAAAGAACACGAGGACACAUUCAUCGUCGAGCACUGCUCCACCUACAGAUCCAGCUCUUCUACUCAUCUUUUAUUCUUGAAACUGCAAGAGAUACCCAUGCGAAAUACACAGAUCGUUUCAACGACCAAGCAGCUACAGUCCUCGACUCAAUAGAAGAAUUUCUUUCACCAUAUCGCACUUACCACGGACCAAACUCGAGCAACAAAGGAGUCUACCCGUACACCCCCUUGCCUCAGAAGCAAGAGUCUUGCUUCUCGCUCGAAUACGCAGUCGUCCCUACUCUCCUCGCCAUCUGCUUCAAGAUCCGUCAUUCGCAAACCAGGAGACGAGCAUUACAUCUACUACGAUCCGCCAAUAGACGCGAAGCUGGACAGUGGAGUGGAGAGUUGUGUCAUUAUGCUGAUGCUAUCAUUGUGCUUGAGGAAUCAGUGGCUGUGGGUGUUGUACUUGAGAAUGCGAAGAUAUUGGAAAUUGUUAUUGAGGCCACUGGAUAUCUUGAGGUCGGUCUAGUCUGUGGGAGGUUCAGAACAGAAGGGGACGGAAUGUUGGAGGUCGUGGAGUAUAGGGGUGCUGGGUUGCCGCCGUUACGUCUGCAACUUGUGCGGGAGAGUGUCUUUCCGUUUGGGAUUGAGGUUUGA